UAAGGAUAACGCAUUUUCCAGUUGUAAAUACUUGCGGCAGGCGGCAGUGUAGAUAUUUAUGCGUUUGCCACCAAUUUGAAGAAAUAACCAAUGGACACUCUUUCAGCGUUUGCUUUCAUCACCAACUGCAACAGUUCUCCAUUUACAAGAUUCACUUCCCAUCUUCGUCCUCAAAGACCACCACUUUCCAGAAGAAAUCAAACUGUCUUUGUCUUGAAAACAAGCUCUCCUUCGGAGAAUGUUCUGGAGAUUUUCUUCAAGGAUAGAGAAGUAAAUGGAGAUUUUAUUUCGAAAGUAUCAGAUAUGCUAUGGCAGAGGGAGGUUCUGAAAGUUGUUGAUGCCAAUGCCAGCGAACCUUCCGACGCUGCCGAGCAAUCCGAGCAGGCCAUGGGAAGUGAUGAUGAUAGUGGGUUUUUGAAGCUGUCAACAACUCAAGAAUGGUUAUUAGGUGACAAUUCUGCACCAAGUAAUAAGAAAACCAUUGCCAAGGUGUUGCGGGAUGACAGUGAAAGAAGGAAGAAACUGAAUCUUCUAAAAUAUGAAGCUCUCAAGAGGGAAUUGACACUUUUAUCAGUUGGAAUUGGAACGGCAUGCAGUGGGUACUGUUUGGUCGUGUUAUCACUUCAGGCUGCUGUUAGUUAUGCAAUUGGGGUUCUUUUCAGUUGCUUAUACCUCCAGCUCUUGUAUCAACAUUCGGACAAUCUAUCUCAGGAAAUGGUUCCUCAGAUUUUCAAGAAGAAGAAAUUGAAAAAAAUAGGAAUAAGAAGCGAGGACUUGCAAGACUUCUUUGAGAGAACGAUUAAGGGUAGUGGCAUCGCUCUUUCUUCUCCCAGACUAAUGAUCCCAACUGCUGUAUAUGGAUUAUGGAUCCUGUCGCAUCAAUUUUUGGCCAAUGAUUUCUUUGAUUUCCAGCUUGUGCCUGCAAUGCUUGGGAUGUUUGCUUACAAAGCAGCCGCUCUUGUUCAAGUAUACAGAGACAAUGAGGACCUGCAGUUUGUCUUUCCAGAUAACGAGGAACAAUCGAAAAAUUCAGCCACCUUUGAUGAUUCCAACAAGAAAGACAUCCAAACAACUUAGUAGUUCAGUUUCUACUUUCGUGGGAUGGUUCGAGUAGGGUUGCGGCGCGGAAUUGCUACAGCGUCUUGAAGCUCCGUUAGACAGUUUUGAUGCUUUGCUGUAUAUAUUUCUUCCAAGAAUGAAUAUGAUGCUCAAAAUCCAUGCAUUUUUUUCGUAAUGAUUCAAUUGGCAUUGAGUUGUUUAUAA